GAAAUCAGCUGAGAGCAAGAAAAACAAAAUACAUGCUCAGUUAAAUCUCGAAUCGUCCCUCUGAAACAGCGGAUUUAAACCUUCAAAAAUUUUCGCUUGUGAAUUUUAUUUGACAAACAUCUGACAUGAGAGAGUGCAAUUAAUUAGGAAUUAUUCCACGUUCAAUAAUCAUUACUCACAGCCUGCGUGAAAGGAAAAUUUAAAAUGUCAGACAAGAAGGUCGAAUCGACGCCUGGCGAGGGAAUUCGCUCCAUGCGAUCCUCCACUCUGUUCAGGGUAACCAAUUUUGAGCUCUACGCAAGGCCUAACAUAGUGGUGAUGGCCCUGGGACUUAUGGGCCUCACAAUCAGCGUCGGCUACAUGGCGUACAUGCGGUCUCAGUAUGAAAAAAUGGGCCUCUACACAGCUGUUGAUUCAGAAGGACAACAAACCCUGAUGAAGAGACAAUCGAGAUGGUCGUGACCGUAAAGAUGAUGUGAGUGCUGUGUAUUUAUUACGUAGAUCUAUUUGCAAAAUGUGGGAAAAAUUAAUUGUUUCUAGUUCUGUUAGUUAUUUUCAGAACAGAAACCUGUUCCCAAAAAUAAUUAUAAAUAAAUCAAGAAGUUCAAUGUAAAAAUCAAAA